AUGAUUAACCCUAUAAUUAUUCAGGGAGUCUAUUAAUAUCGUAAUUAUUUGAAAAGGGAUACUUUUUAAAUAAAAAACACCGAAAAAGGAGAAUAAAUUUAUCAAACUAUGGAUGGGUCUAUUGUUUUUAUGUAAAUUAAAUAAUUUUAAAUUAAGAGAUUAAAAUUCUAGUAGCCACUAAUUCUAAGGAUCAAUUAGAAACAUAGAAUAAAUCAAGUAUUUGGCUUGGUUUUAGAAAAAUAAUUAGUUGAGUGAGAAAGAAAAAAAAUGGAUUGCUUUCUGGAAAGAUGAAAUAACUAACAUUGGAGGGUUAACUGAUGAAAAUAGCUUAAAAAUUGGAAAGUGGAUUGAGCCUUUUGAAAAUUAUUGCGAGUAAAUUUGGUUUUUAAAAUUUUAGAUAAUGUUUAGUUGUAAUGGCAGGUGAAUAUAAUUAAGGUAAAAAGUAAGGAAUAUGGGAAAUAUUUAUGGAAGGGUAAAUGAUGUAUUUUUUUUUACUAUCUAAGUGGAUUAGGACUUUAUAUUGAAGGAACUAAAAUUGGUAAACAAGUGGAAUUAUUCGAAAAUUUUUAGUUGUAUAACAUUUUAUUUAAACCUAAUAGAACUGCAUAAAUUAUUUUUAUUGGAGAUUACUUAUGUGGUUAAAAAUAAGGCUAAUGGGAUUAUCAUUAUAGAUAUUUGAAAAAUAAAAAAUUCUAAAUUAUGUAAUUGUGUACUAAAAUUAUAAGUGGCGGAGGUGAGUUUGAUAUAUUUGGUAGAAAAGUUGGAAAAUGGGUUGACCUAUUUGAGAAUUUUCGUUGGUAAGUUAAAAUUUCAAUCUAAGGGAAGCUUAAGUUUUGUGUAUUGGAGAAUAUAACUUUGGAAAAAAGAUAGGUAAAUGGGACUAUUCUUAUUCUGUUUACUAAAAUUAACCAUAUAUGAUUAUGUAAAAAAUAGAUGAAUUUAAAAGUGGUGGAGGUUAUUAUGAUUAAGAUGGAUUAAAAAGGGAUUUUUGGAUUGAACUAUUUGAAAAUUUUUAAGAGUAGGAUUUAUUUAUGAAAAAAAAAUAGAUAUUGUUAAGUGAUAAAAUUAGGCAAUUACAAACAUGGAAUAAAAUAAGGAAGAUGGGAUUUUAAGUUUCGAUGUUAUUCUGAUGAACCAUUUUAAAAUAUGUAAACUAAAGUUCACAUAUUAAAGUGGAGGGGGAGAGUAUAACUUAAAAGGAUAAAAAACUGGGGCUUGGAUAGAAUUGUUUGAGAAGUUUUAAAAGUAUUUCAAAAUGUAAAUUAAAAAGAAAAGCUCAAGUUAUUUACUCCGGAGAAUACAAAGAAGGAAUUAAAUGCGGAAGAUGGAAAAUAUAUUUCAAAAACUUUAUUCAAACAAGCUCCUAUAAAUAAAUGUAAGAGUUUUUUUUAAUAUUAAAGAGGAGGAGGUCGAUAUAUGGCAGGUAUUAAAUAAGAUAGAUGGAUAGAAAUUCAUGAUGAAUUUUCUGAGUAAAUAUUUUAAUUUAUUUUAGAUCACAAAAAAUUAUUGUUUAAAAAUUAUAUAAUAAAGUUGGAAUAUUAAAAGAUUCGAAAGAAUUUCGGUUACCUUGA